AUGGCAAGACGGCACUUACGCUGAGCUAUUCCUGAUAAUAACGGCUUUCGUGGCGACAACGCAUAAUUGCUGCACAAAACAGUAUUUUAAUCAGCACAAUUGUAAUAUACAAAGUUGGCCGCAACGUGCCUCAAUAACGCCAGACGAAUGUUUCCAUGUUGGGACGAGCCAGCGAUAAAAGCUUAUUUCAUGAUCUCCGUGAUGCAUCAUCAGGAAUACAGGGUAUUGUCGAAUUGGCCGAUACGAGAGCAGUACAAUGCAGAAAAUGGCACGAUGUGGACACAUUUCAAUCGCACUUUUACAAUGUCCGCUUAUCUCGUGGGAAUUGUGAUUGUAUCUAAUUUUGUUCGCAUUGGAAACGUAGACCAGUCCGAUUUUGUAUGGUGCAAAUCGUCUUUGACAUCACAAACAAGAUUCAUGUAUAGUAUUGCCGAAAAGAUCACGCCGCUCUUGGAGGAGUAUACCAAUAGAACCAAAGGGGUACCGAAAAUAGAUCACGUCAUGAUACCAAAUUACCCCGUCGACGGCAUGGAACAUUGGGGAAUCAUUAUUAUUUACGACGAAUCAAAAGUUGUCUACUAUGAAAGCAAAGAUCCCGCAUUUCGGAGAGUGAAAAUAGCAUCGUUAGUAGCACAUGAAAUCACACAUCAGUGGUUCGGCAAUUUUAUCACCCCAUCUUGGUGGUCUGAUCUGUGGUUAAGCGAGGGAUUUGCUGUGUUUUUCCAGGAGUAUUUUCUCAACAAGAUAUUUGAAGAUUGGGGGACAAUGGAUUUACUCGUUACUGGGCCCAUACACGAGUCUCUUUCUUUAGAUAUUGGCUUAAUGGAUUCUAUUAAAUUGAACCUUUACAACUUGGAUCAUGGCACACUCUUUGGUAAUGAAGUUUAUAAAAAAGCUCCAGCUAUACUGCGCAUGUUAUACCAUGUAGUGGGCGACGAGGUAUUUCGAAGGGGUAUCACCAAGUACUUUGUUACAAAGUAA